AUCAAAGUAAUACGAGAGUUGAGAGAAAAUGCAAACUUUAUUCAAACCGAGAUUCCAUAGAAAUUUGUAGUUGUAUCACAACAGCAAGAACAAGAAAGCCCUAACACCAGCUUGGCAAGGAGUUAACUUUAUUCUGCGCUACGAAUUGGCUUUUAGUAAUCAAGAACUAUAAUUUUCCCUUCAUCAGCAUAUCCAAUAUUUGAUAAGAUGGAUGCUCAGAGAGCUUUGCUUGACGAAUUGAUGGGCUCAGCUCGUAAUUUGACUGAAGAAGAGAGAAAAGGGCACAGGGAAGUUAAAUGGGAUGAUAAGGAGGUUUGUGGAUGCUAUAUGAUCCGUUUCUGCCCUCACGAUUUGUUUGUCAACACACGAAGUGAUCUAGGUGUGUGCCCAAAAAUUCAUGAUGCAAAGUUGAAGGAAAGUUUUGAGAAGUCCCCUAGGCACGAUUCAUAUGUCCCCAAGUUUGAAGCUGAACUAGCUCACUUCUGCGAGAGACUGGUCUCAGAUUUAGAUAGAAAAGUUAGGCGUGGCCGUGAACGCCUUGAACAAGAUGUUGAAGUCCCCCCACCUCCUCCAAUUUCAGCUGAAAAAGCUGAGCAGUUGUCUGUGUUGGAAGAAAAGAUAAAGAGCUUGCUUGAACAAGUCGAGUCCCUUGGUGAAGCGGGGAAGGUUGAUGAAGCCGAGGCACUUAUGAGAAAGGUUGAGAUGCUUAAUAUUGAGAAGACAGCCUUGACUCAGCAACCACAGCAAGAUAAGCUGAUGAUGAUGACGCAUGAGAAAAAAAUGGCACUGUGUGAAGUGUGUGGUUCCUUUCUAGUAGCGAAUGAUGCUGCUGAAAGAACUCAGUCGCAUGUUGCUGGCAAGCAACAUAUUGGUUAUGGCAUGGUGCGGGAGUUUCUGGCUGAGUAUAAGGUGAUAUUAUGA